GGCUGCCUCCCUGUAUGCUGCAGCGUGAACGUGAUUGCCACGGUCGGCCGCUCUGAGAAGCUUCCUUGAGAGGGGGUUGUACUUGGCAGAGUGCAAUUUCAUGUGCUGCCUUGGGGGGCAGAAACGUCAGCGAGAGGGGCACCGUGUAGGCUGCGAAGUGCACACCCUCUCCUUCCCUGGUCGCAUACUGGAGUAACUAGCGACGGACGACAGCAGUCAGGGGAGUGGAACGGGUGUUAUGUUCGUUUGGGACGUUCCUCCUCUCGCAGCCUGACAAUGCCAGGGACUAUACACGAUUUCUCGGUGAGCUACGAUGCAGCGAACGAGGCCAACACUUUCACCUGCGGGGACCUCGUGAAAGGACGCGUGGCUCUGCAGCUAGGAAAGGAAGCCAAGAUAGAGUAUCUUUUCGUUAAAGUCACUGGAGACGCAGACGUCCGCUGGACCGAACGGCACGGCGAUGACAACCGAACGUAUUCCGCGCACGAGAGAUAUUUCAAGUUGAAGCAGAUGUUAAUAUCAGAAGAGGCUGAGAACACAACGGUGGUUCCAGGGACGCAUGUGUAUCCAUUUUCCCUCAAAAUUCCAGAAGGGCAUUUCCCAUCAGCCUUUGAGGGUCACCAUGGCAACAUUAGGUAUAAGCUGGAGGCAAAGAUGAAGCGACCUUGGAAGAUGACAAAGAGAGCCUCGGCCAGGUUAAACUUCGCCACCAAGCUGGAUGGAGACGCGGCUCAGCUGAUGUCACCCCAGUUUGGAGAGAGAGAUAAGAAGAUGAACAUAUUUACAUCCGGCAGCCUGUCUUUUAAAGCGCACAUCGAGAAGACCGGAUUCGUGCCAGGUGAAAUGCUGGUCAUUCAGGCGGAGAUCGAAAACUCCUCAUCCCGUAAUCUCAAGCCCAAGUACAAGCUCGACAAGAAAGUCACUUACUCAGCACACUCGUCAACCAAAAUAGAGCGAAGCACCAUCUUCAAAGAGGAGGGCGCUCCGAUCCCAUCCAAAGACCACCAAACCGUGACCCAGGAGCUGAGAAUCCCUACCUCCAUUCCCCCCAGCAUCCUCUUCUGCAAGAUCCUGAGAGUCGAAUACAAACUGAAGGUCUACAUCGAUGUUCCCUAUGGCUCUGACCCCGAGAUCAAGUUCCCCGUGAUUGUCCUAGCACACAGGUGUGGCCCAAGGGUGUCUGGAGGAGCCCUUGGCCCUAUCAAUAACCCCCAGUGGGGAAACCACCAUCCAGGCCAUUUGCGCCCACCUCUAAACCCGGCGGGGUACCCCGUCCCCCCUGCCCCGGCAGUGCACCCUCCUCCUGGCACACUCCCAGCACUGCAUCCGCCCCGUUUCCACAUGCCGGCAGCGUAUCCACAUCCCAUCGCUCCUCAAAUACCCCAACUAGUGCCCCCACAACUGAAUGCGGCCCACCAGCAGCCACCCCCACAGUACGACCAGGUGACGGAUGGUCAAGUGCCGCCAACCGCCCCUCCACUGUACCCUUCGCUACCCACGUCCGACUUCCUCUCCGCUCCAAGCGCUCCGCCAUACGCCAUGGGAGCUGGUGCGGAUUUUCUGUCCAACGCGCAGCAGUACCCACCAGCACCUGCCAUGCCCUCGUUCUUGUCCUCCCCUGGCUACGACCCUCCUAGCUACGACAUGGUGUUCCCCAACGCCUCUGCGCCGCUGAACCCUCAGAACCCUCCGAACCCUCAGACCUUCCCAGAUCCUGCUAAAAUGACUAACCCUUCAUCGUAGCUAUAGCUAAGCUAAGCUAAGCUAAGCCAUGGCCUGUUUUCCAAGUGCCUGAAGUCACACACAAGAGAAGAGAGAGAGAUAGUCACAGUAGUCAGUGUGAAAGCAUCAAUAAUGUGGUCGGUGUCCCAUUUUUCGUCAGUCUAAUGUAUAUGAAACACUUUUUUCCAAAGAAACUCUUAACUCUGUGUGUGCUACCGCAAUCAAACUUCAUCUCACUGGAGUUACAGAGCAUGUGCAGUGUGAAAAGUCCGGGAAAAAAUAGUGGUGAACUGGGCUAUAUUAAAGUAAUACUAUGAAGACAGACACUGGCUUUGAUUGUAUAUUAAAGUUCCAGUGGCCUUUUUUUAUAAUUAAUUUCCAUUUGGUAGUACUGUUACAGUAGACUGAAUUCAUGCACAAUAGGUACCACCCAAGUACCUUUUGGACAACAUGUCUUCCAUCGUCCACUGGAUACUGAUGGACGCGCCUCAUAUCAACAAACCUCAAGCUGCAUGCCCUAUGACGUAGACUUCAUUUAAAUGUGUACGUGUAUAUCCUGUGUCCUAUGUCCGUAAUAUAUAUCCGCACUUUUUGUGUGCACUUUAUGCAAAACCAAGUGGUGCAAUCAUGGCUGCUAACAGCUGCCCUAUAUCAUUUUUUUUAUAAAGUAACUAUUUUGCAGUAAUACAUUUUGAGGGAUAUAGCUGCGCUCCUGAAGAACACAGUGAACUGAUAAAGGGUUAAAACAGGUCACAUUGUCUCGCUCCUUUAAAUUGCAGGAACAUUCUUUUAAGAUAUUUCUAGUUUUGUAGCAAACCAUUAAUAAAAAAAAUGUAUAGGAAUAACACAUGUACCUGCCACUAGUGUAACCUAAGCAAGCAGUUUCAUAAAUGCAGUAGACCACAAACUUAACUUGCCAUUUAUUAUGCUGUUUCUUAGGUGAGAUUUUAUUUGCUAAAGAAAAAUAAAGGCGAAUUAAAUCGUGAA